AUGGCUUCCCAGUCCUCCCGGCCUCAAUGGACUUGGCCCUCGGACGAGGACAAUGACCCGGCAGCAUCGGAGGAGCAGCCACCCGCCGCCGCUGCUUCCGCCCCCGCCACCGACAACACCGCGGAACCCCCCUCGGCGGGUCCCACCCCGCCGAGGCAGAACCAGCGGCGGUACAAGCCGAGAAUGUGCCGCAUCUGCCUCGAAGUCGUCCACCCCACCACCGACCUGGACGAGUCGCUGGCGGGCCGCGUCUUCUCGUCCGCGCCGCGCGUCCGGUACGUCUCGGAGGACCCGGAAUCCGGCCGGCUGAUGAGCCCCUGCCUCUGCAAGGGCUCGUCGAAGUACGUGCACGAAGGCUGCCUGCGGGCGUGGCGGAAGGCGUCGCCGCUGUCGGACCGCAACUACUGGCGGUGCCCAACCUGCCAGUUCGAGUACCGGCUCGAGAGGCUGCGCUGGGGCCGCUGGCUGUCCAGCGGGUUUCUGAGGGCGGCGCUGACUGUGAUCAUCAUGGCGGUUUCGAUCUUUUUCCUGGGGUUCGUCGCUGACCCGAUCAUUAAUUUCUGGGUCGAUCCGUUUGGCAGUCUUGCCGAGACGAUGAUGGACCUGGAUUUGGACUAUGACGGACCGGUUCUGGCGGACACUGAGCCCGGGUCCUGGUCUGCUCACUUUGUGAAGGGAUUCCUUUCACUUGGGCUUCUCGGCUUCUUGAAGACCAUGUUCGUUAUGUCGCCGUGGAACUGGUUCAACGUCCGGUUUGGCACCGGAGGUCGUCGGAGGAGGAACAGAAUGGAGCAGAUCAACUGGGCACUGGUCGCCAUUGGCGUCGUGACGUUUAUGGGGGCAACUUGGAAGUUUGUCAACCACCUCAUGGCCAAAACUCUCGAGAUGGCCCAUGAUCGGGUGGUCGAUGUCCAGGAGGACGGUCCGGAUGAAGACGAGGAAGACGGCGGUCCUGAACCUGACACCGCGGCCGAAGAGUCGAGAAAGGAUCGGUAG